AUGGCGGAGCUGGUGCAGGGACAGGCCUCGAUCAACCAGCCGGCGCUCAAGACCGACGGCCUGGUAGACGCCUUCCAGAGGGCUCGGCAGAUGGUGGGAAAGAUGGGCGCUGAAGGCCUUCCUCACAUGAACAACUCCUCUUCCUCCGUGGAGCAGUCCUUGUACUACAGCGGACAGAAACGGGAGGACACAGGGAACCAGCUGGGAGCCAUGAGCCAUCAGAGGGUGGUCACAGAAGACUACAAGGUUCCAGACAAAAUGGUGGGAUUCAUCAUAGGGCGCGGAGGAGAGCAGAUCACCAGAAUCCAGCUGGAGUCAGGCUGUAAAAUCCAGAUCGCCGCAGACAGUGGAGGUCUGAUGGAUCGACCAUGUUCUCUCACUGGGACUCCAGAAAGCAUUGAACAGGCGAAGCGCUUGCUGGUUCAGAUUGUAGAUCGCUGCAGAAAUGGACCCGGCUUCCAUUCGGACUCUGACGGAGCAGGUGCAGUGCAGGAAAUGCUCAUCCCGGCCAGUAAAGUGGGUCUAGUGAUCGGCAGAGGAGGAGACACCAUCAAACAACUGCAGGAGAGAGCUGGAGUGAAGAUGAUGAUGAUCCAGGACGGGCCGAUGCCCACAGGAGCAGACAAACCCCUCAGGAUCUCAGGAGACCCCUACAAAGUCCAGGCGGCUAGAGAGUUGGUUCUGGAGGUGAUCCGUGAGAAAGACGGAGACUUCAGAAGAAACGAUUUCAGCGCUCGACUGGGGGGAACCUCUGUGGACGUCCCUGUGCCGCGGUUCGCUGUUGGGAUAGUGAUCGGACGGAACGGCGAAAUGAUCAAGAAGAUCCAGAAUGACGCUGGAGUCCGAAUUCAGUUCAAAGCAGACGACGGAAUCAGUCCAGAGCGUGUGGCUAUGGUCAUGGGACAGAUGGACCGCUGUCAACACGCCAUCCACAUGAUCAACGAGCUCAUCCAGACUGCACAGGAGCGUGAUGGCUUCAGCUCUUCUCUCAGGGGAAGGGUCCGGAGUCGUGGGGAAUGGCCCAUUGGUUCUCCCGGCCCCCUUCAGGAAGUCACCUACACCAUCCCGGCAGACAAAUGUGGCCUGGUCAUCGGCAAAGGAGGAGAUACUAUAAAGAGCAUAAACCAGCAGUCAGGAGCCCAUGUGGAGCUGCAGAGGAACCCCCCACCCUCCACUGACCCCAGCACCCGUGUCUUCACCAUCAGAGGCACUGCGCAGCAGAUGGAGGUCGCCCGACAGCUCAUCGACGAUAAGAUUGGGGGCUCAGGGAUCAUGAGUAAUGGUGGGUUUGGCUUCAGUCCCUUCACUCAGGGUCCAGCCACGCACCAGAACUGUGGCAGUGGGCAGACCUUCCUGACCGGAGUGUGGGGAAACACCUACCAGACCUGGCAGAACCCUCCACAGCAGGACCCAGGUCAGCAGAGCCAACCUCAGAGCCUGAUGACAGACUACAGUAAGGCCUGGGAGGACUACUACAAGAAACAAAGCCAGUCGUCUCAGCAGAAUUCGGUGCCAGAUUACACCGCAGCAUUAGCAGAAUAUUACAGACAGCAGCCGUACCUGUGGAACGCCGCCCAGAUACAGGAUCACUAG